AUACGACAAACUGUCAUUGCGUCAAUUGUAGCUCUCGUCCUCCUCCUCCUCCUCCUCCUCCUCGCGCACACAAACAGCAACUUGCAUGCUGACCAAAUAUUCCAUCGCACAAAUCUAUCUCGGCCACGACCACUGACCUCUAGUACUACUGUGGGACCUUCACACCCUACCACAGUACUUGCGGAGGGUAUAUCUACAAGAUGGGUGAUCCAGGUGUACCCAACACAAGCAACCAGGCUUCGUCCUCGGAAAACCACGUCGGCGACCAAUUCGAAGUCCCAGCAUACGAACCUCACCCAUCAUCCACGACCCUGAAAGGGCGCAUACGACACCACUAUGAGCUGGCCUCGGAUUAUUACUAUUCGUUAUGGGGCCAACACAUCCACCACGCCUACUUCCUGUCACCCACCGACACCAAAGAAACCGGCCAAACCAACUUGAUCAACCUGCUUCUCGAAAUCUCCUCGCUCAGCCCCAACAGCACCGUCCUCGACGUCGGCUGCGGCAUCGGCGGCACCACACGCCAUCUGGCCCGCGACCACGGCUGUACCGUGACCGGCAUCACCAUCAGUGGCCGACAAGUCCAGAUCGCAAAACGUCUCACAGACAAUGAGUCUUCUAGUACUACCACUCCUACUAGCAACAACUCUCGGUCUCCCGAUACCCAUACCAAUGCCAAUGCCGACAAAUUCACCCCCAUCGGCACGCGAGGCGGCCGUGUCCAGUAUCGAGAACUCGAUGCCGAGAAAAUGGACUCCGACUUCCCCCCACAGAGCUUCGACUGUGUAUGGAUAUCCGAAGCCCUCAGCCAUUUCCCGGACAAACCGUUGUUUUUUCGGAAUGCCGCGAGACUCCUGAGACCCGGCGGGACGGGCAAGCUAGUCAUCGCGGACUGGUUCAAGGCUGAGGAUUUGGAUGCUGAGGCCAUGGAGUCCGAUAUCAAGCCUAUUGAAGACGGUAUGCUCCUCCCUCCUCUAUGCACGCAGGCCGACUACGUGUCCUUGGCCGAAUCCGCAGGUCUGAAAGUCCUCCACCAACCCAAGGACAUCAGCAAGGAUGUCGCAAAGACCUGGGAUAUCUCCUGGGACCUGAUAUCGUCCCCCUCACUCUGGGCAUUCGCCAUCUCCCAAGGUCGAGACGGACUGGCCUUUUUACAAGCCUUCCGCGCCAUGCGACGAGGUUAUGCGAACGGCACGUUUCGCUAUGCCGUCAUGGCUUUCGAGAAACCAUGAAUCCCCAACCGGCAUUCAGGAUUGGUGUGUAGAGAUCGAGAUCCAAGAUUCAAGAAUCAUAUAGAAGUACAUUAGGUACCAGGUACUUAGAAGGGGUUCCAUCGUCUUACUGGCAUAGAUUAUGCAUAUACGCAACCAGGGUGCAACUGACGUUUUUUGGAAAGACAUCUCUCAAUACUUACCUAAUAGGUUAGAUCAGACAUACAAUACACUUAAGUGAGCAUCUG